CUCCAUCGUGUUCCUGGAGCCUCCUGCAGGAGAGUUCUGGGGAAGGCAGGAGGGGGCAGAGUGGACAGGCAUGGUGGGAAUGGUGAACAGCACCCGCGCCGACCUCGGAGUUGGCGAUCUCUUCCUCAGUAUUGAUAGAAACCAUGUCGUCCUCUACAGCACGCCGUAUGAUGUUGAGUUCUCCUGCUUCAUGGCAAGUACCACUCCGCCCCUGCCACGUUGGAGGAGCCUCACCUUCCCCUUCUCCAGGGAGGCCUGGAUGGCGGUAGGGCUUGGGUUGCUCUCCCUCGAGUUGGCCCUCAUCAUCACUACGAUGCUCACUCCGAAGUUAGCGGAGCAGCCGACGAAGAAGAAGCAGACGCUGCAGCAGACGCUGAUUCAAGUCUUCAGAGAACCCGUGAACUGGACCCCUGAGAGGCACAGCUCCAGGCUGCUGCUGAGCGUGGUCUGGCUGUACGUGAUCGUCAUCACCGUCGCGUACUGCAGUAACCUCACGGCAUUCCUGACUGUGACCAAGAUCCCUCCGGCGUUCGAGACCGUCAAGGGUCUCUAUGACACGGGUCUGUUAGUCACCUCUCUUGGGGACUUCUUCAAGGACGGCCUUGCGUCUGCGGUCGACCCGUACCUGAAGAGCUUGGCCGAUCGCUUCGUGGGGCACGAUGACCUGGCGAGCGCUUGGCCAGCGGUGCUGAAAGGUGAUGCUGUCUACCUCGGCAACCGUAAUUUUCUCGAGUACACCCUUGCCACCUACCCCUGCGCCAACCCAUGCCUGCGUAUCAUGAAGGAGUGCUUCGCCCCCUACAGCGUCGCCCUGGCCUUGCAGCGACACUCGCCCCUGAAGGCGGCGGUGGACGCGAGGCUCCUGAGGCUCAUCGACUCCGGCCUCGUGAGGCACUGGUUCCUCGAAAGCCUCACGAUCUCCCGACAGACACGAGAAUUCAAAGCUGAAAACCAGGACACCGAGAAGAGGUCUGGAGAAGAGGACGGUCCAGUGCCACUGUCCCUGGACCACAUCUCGGGGGCCUUCUUCAUCCACUGCAUUCUCAUGUUAUUUUCUCUGCUCUGCUUCUGUGCAGAGCUUUGCACUGCCAAAGCUCUGAAAAAUAAAAAGAAUAAAAACAUAGAAAAGAGGACCUAAAGGUCACAGAGGAACAAAACUAUUCGUCAUAAUGAAAGAGCAGAACAUAUUUUUAUGCAGCAACUUUUUGAGCUCUGACGUUUCUGAACUCAAACAUUUGUCUAACAAACAUACAAUAGACAAACAUUUCUCCAAGAGCAGCGUGGGAUCUGGAGUAAAUGGCUGUGCACGAAGCUGCGGAACUUAAAACUAUACUAAUAUCAUUAGGAAAAAGUCUUAUUGUUUAGGAGAGCCUUGCAAUAUUGCGAGAAAGAUUUCAUUACAGAGACAAAACU